AUGAAUGAAACCAAUAAUCCUCCCCUUUUGCUCAAAAAUAUAUCAGAAAAGUUUAAAGAACCACUGGAAAUGAUGGAAAAACUGGAACGUAUGAAAGUGAUAAACAAGAAGAUCCCACUCCCGAAAGUUAUAGUAUUAGGAGACGAAUCCGUAGGGAAAACAAGUCUUGUUGGAAAAAUAGUGGGAAUGAAUUUGCCUUGUGGGCUUAAAGUGCCACUUGUUUUAAACUUCAAAUGUCAUUCUGAACCAUCAAUAAAAUUCCAGCGAGUGGGAAGUAGUGGUAUAGGUGAAAGACUGGAAGUUUCAGAGUCAGAUUUGGGGGACACACUUAAGGAAUAUGCUCAAUUGGUUCUAUCUAAAGAGGAAAAGGAACGCUCGUUUUCGCCCCUCUCUUUGGUUGUUUUACAACCGUAUGUCGAUGAUUUCACCAUCAUUGAUGUACCCGGUAUCCAGCAUCACUCAGAUACAACUAAACAAAGAAAAGAAUUGGAUGAUUUUGAAGGUUACAUAUUUGAGCAGACAAAAGCAGAGUGUGUUUUCAUAAAUGUUAUGUCUAGUUCAGCAGACUUGGAUAAAUGCCUGUCCAGAAAGUUUCUUCGACAGCAAUUUGACUUGUUGGGUAAGCACACCGUACCUGUUAUUUCAAAGUUAGAUCUAUGCUCUAAGGAGAUGAUUACUGAUAUAAUAGUGAGCCAAACCGAAAACAGCCCACGUUUUGGUUAUUGUUAUGUCAAGAAUAAUGAUAGUGCUGGUGGAAAAGAAUCUGUUAUGGAAGAAACUACUGUUAGUGAAGUAGAGUCUUAUCUCUUAUCAAAGCAUGGGGGAGAGUAUCUAGGGUUUGAAUAUGUUGUCAAACAUGUGGUUAUUGGAAUGCUUUCCAUUAUCUUCAACCGUAAUUCUUUUCUUAUUUACCAAAUUAAUAAUGAUUUGAAAGUAACUCUUUGGAGAAAGAUAGGCGGGAGGUUACGUUUGAUUCGGUUAAGCUAG